UUGGUGACCCUCUCUGCUUUGCUUUGUCUCCUUUGCUGAGGAGCUGGCCAGUGUGUGCUGUAGGGCUUUGAGUAGCGGGAGGAGUGAUCUUGUCUGAGGAAAGGCCGUUUCAUCCUUUGUGGCUAAUAAGCCGAGAUGUGUGAACGCUCGGGGGGCUACACUUACACUCACACAUCUAUACUGCUUAUCCAUGCCAAGGUUCCUGUUGGUUCCAAGUCCAAGAUGGCAAGUCUCAAGGACCAGCUGAUUGUGAACCUUCUCAAGGAAGAACAGACGCCCCAAAAUAAGAUUACAGUCGUGGGGGUUGGGGCUGUGGGAAUGGCCUGUGCCAUCAGCAUCUUAAUGAAGGACUUGGCCGAUGAGCUUGCUCUCGUUGAUGUCAUGGAAGACAAGCUAAAGGGAGAGAUGAUGGAUCUCCAGCAUGGCAGCCUUUUCCUUCGAACACCCAAAAUCGUCUCUGGCAAAGACUAUAACGUGACUGCAAACUCCAAGCUGGUUAUUAUCACAGCUGGGGCACGUCAGCAAGAGGGAGAAAGUCGUCUUAAUUUGGUCCAGCGUAAUGUGAACAUCUUUAAGUUCAUCAUUCCUAAUGUGGUGAAGUACAGCCCCAACUGCAAGCUGCUUGUGGUCUCCAACCCAGUGGACAUCUUGACCUAUGUGGCUUGGAAGAUAAGUGGCUUUCCCAAAAACCGUGUUAUUGGAAGUGGUUGCAACCUGGAUUCAGCCAGGUUCCGCUACCUGAUGGGAGAAAGGCUGGGAAUUCACCCAUUAAGCUGUCAUGGAUGGGUCCUUGGAGAGCAUGGAGACUCUAGUGUUCCUGUGUGGAGUGGAGUGAAUGUUGCUGGUGUCUCCCUGAAGACUCUGCACCCAGAACUAGGCACCGAUGCAGACAAGGAGCAGUGGAAGGAGGUUCACAAACAGGUGGUGGACAGUGCCUAUGAGGUGAUCAAGCUGAAAGGCUAUACAUCCUGGGCCAUUGGAUUGUCAGUAGCAGAUUUGGCAGAAAGUAUAAUGAAAAAUCUUAGGCGGGUACAUCCAAUUUCCACCAUGAUUAAGGGUCUCUAUGGAAUAAAGGAUGAUGUCUUCCUUAGUGUUCCUUGCAUCUUGGGACAGAAUGGCAUCUCAGAUGUGGUAAAGGUGACCCUGACUCCUGACGAAGAGGCACGCUUGAAGAAGAGUGCAGAUACUCUCUGGGGGAUCCAGAAAGAGUUGCAAUUUUGAAGUCUUCCUAAGAUACACCACCUCACUGUCUAGGCCACGGCAGGAUUUCUGUGGGAGAUGUGUGCAUUGUCCUUUCCACAUGGUCUCUGAUUAGUGCAGGUGUAUUAAGAUGACCUGAGGAGAUAUCAGCUCCUGAUGUUAGAAAUAGGAAUGGUUUUCACAAUCCCACAGCUGUAUCCUGAUUCUGAAUGGUACUUGUGUAGUAGGAAACUGGUUAGUAUAGAGUUCCACCAUCUCUGAAAUACCACUGCCAGCAUUGCACAGGCUCCAACUGCCCUUUAAACCUAAUAUGUUACUGUGUGCUAUGUGACUUCACCGAUAUGCCUCGUCCCACUUUUUUCCCAAGCAGUCACCUUGUGGGAUCCAGUGUAUAAAGCCAUUAUUACCUGUCUUGUGCAUAACUGUUCAGAGGAUCUUAUUUUGUGUAUUAUAUGUGUCAGUAAUGUAUGUUGCCAUUUAAUGUAAAAAGUAAACUCUACGUAAGAAUAAUGCAACCACCUACCCAAGUGUCAUGCCAACUAAAACACCAAAUAAACCUUGAACAGUGA